AUGGAGGAGUACAUCAACCACAUCGCUGCUACUUCUGCACCCAAAGCAAUGACCCUGACUGAACUCCACAACUGCACCGAACGCGAUGCGACCCUGCAAGCUGUCAUUCACGCCAUCCGUUUUGGCAAAUGGGAGAUCGCGAAACAACGACCCGGUGUUAACACGGCAUCAUUCGAUCGAAUUCACAAAGUACCUGGCAUGGGUACGCACUUUAUGGUAAUCUCCAACGACUUCUUACGCUACGUCGUCAUGGAACCAGUGUCCUCUCUUACAGCAAAUACUGUCAUACCUGUCAUUGACAAGAUCAUUGGAGAAUUCGGUGUACCCGAUGUGGUCAAGUCGGAUAACGGAUCCCCCUUCAACAGCAGCGCAUUCUCUGACUACGCACGGCACAAAGGCGUCAAGCAUCGUAAUAUUACUCCCCUGUGGCCGCUCGCAAACGCCGAGGCAGAACGCUUUAUGAAGACGGUGAAGAAGUCCAUUAAAGCUGCCAUAGCGGAAGGGAAAAGCUAG